UUUGUUUUCCAGAAUGGCGCGGUGCCCGGAGAAGUCGCGAAGAGAGACGAGAACGUGAAGAGAGGGAACUGGGAGAACCAGAUAGAGUUCGUCUUAACCAGCGUGGGGUACGCCGUCGGUUUGGGAAACGUCUGGAGGUUCCCGUAUCUCUGCUAUAGAAAUGGGGGCGGAGCCUUCAUGUUCCCGUACUUUAUCAUGCUGGUCUUCUGCGGCAUCCCACUCUUCUUUAUGGAGCUCUCAUUCGGACAGUUUGCCAGUCAGGGGUGCCUCGGGGUGUGGCGGAUCAGCCCUAUAUUUAAAGGCGUAGGUUACGGGAUGAUGGUCGUCUCCACCUAUAUCGGUAUUUAUUACAACGUGGUGAUUUGUAUCGCGUUCUACUACUUCUUCAUGUCUAUGAGCCGGGUCCUGCCCUGGACCUACUGCAGCAAUUGGUGGAACACCGAGAACUGCGUCGGGGUGCUGAGCCCCUCCAGCAACUCCUCCAACUUCACCGCCCACCAGAACCUCUCCACCAUCCUGAACCAGACGGUGAAGAGGACGAGUCCCAGCGAGGAGUACUGGAAGAAGCACCUCCUCCCGUCAUGUUCCAGCACUGCAUUGCGUGUCCUCCUGGGCACAUGUGUGUGUAGAAGGGGGGUGGGGUGGGGGAAGGUGGUCUAUUUCACAGCCACCUUCCCCUACGUGGUCCUCACCAUCCUCUUCAUUCGUGGCAUUACCCUGGAGGGAGCCGUUACCGGGAUCAUGUAUUAUCUGACGCCGCAGUGGGACAAGAUCCUGGAUGCCAAGGUUUGGGGUGAUGCUGCUUCUCAGAUAUUCUACUCCCUGGGAUGUGCAUGGGGGGGACUUAUCACUAUGGCUUCCUACAACAAGUUCCACAACAACUGUUACAGGGACAGCAUCAUCAUCAGCAUCACCAACUGCGCCACCAGCGUCUACGCCGGCUUUGUCAUCUUCUCCAUUCUGGGAUUCAUGGCCCACCACCUGGGAGUGGAUGUGUCCAAAGUGGCCGAUCAUGGUCCCGGCCUGGCGUUUGUGGCCUAUCCCGAGGCUUUGACCCUGCUGCCCAUAUCUCCUCUGUGGGCCAUAUUGUUCUUCUUCAUGCUCAUCCUCCUGGGGCUGGGCACACAGUUCUGUCUGCUGGAGACUCUCGUCACGGCCGUUGUGGAUGAGAUCGGCAGCGACUGGAUUAUUCGCUGGAAGACGGUUGUGACGCUCGGGGUGGCAGUGAUUGGUUUUCUGCUGGGAAUCCCACUGACGACACAGGCUGGAAUCUACUGGCUCCUCCUGAUGGAUAAUUACGCCGCCAGCUUUUCUCUGGUCAUCAUUUCCUGUAUCAUGUGUGUGGCUUUAAUGUAUAUUUAUGGUCACCGGAACUACUUCAAGGACAUAGAGAUGAUGUUGGGGUUCCCCCCUCCCCUCUUCUUCCAGGUCUGCUGGCGGUUCAUCUCUCCGGCCAUUAUCUUUUUCAUCUUAAUCUUCACCGUCAUUCAAUAUCGGCCAAUCACAUACAACGAAUACAUCUACCCAGACUGGGCCAUCACGCUGGGAUUCCUGAUGGCGCUGUCCUCGGUCAUCUGUAUCCCCGGAUACGCCGUCUUCAGGGUCUGGCGGUCCGACGGGGACACCUUCCUCCAGCGGUUCAAGAACGCAGUGAAGCCCAACAAGGACUGGGGACCAGCUCUGCUGGAGCACCGGACUGGCCGCUACGCACUGGAGGAGAGCAUCCCCGAGAUCCAGCCGCUGAACCCGGAGAAGCAGAAGAAGGAGGAGAUCGGUCUCACAAUACAGGGCAGCAACGGGCAGGCCCACAGCCAGGACUCCAAAGUGUAACCAGCUCCUACGGAAAGGGGGGGUGGAGAAAGGAAUUGGUGGUAUGGAUGCGUCUUUUACCCUCCCCCACCCCCAUCUCCCUUUUGUCUUCAUCCAGACCAGUCGUAUCCUCCAUUGUCCUCUUUCCAACCCGGCACCUCAGAGCAUUCAACAGAAUAACUAUCAAAACUGUUUCUCUCCCAUCCAAGAGGAGACAUCAAUCGUUCAGCUGCUGAGCAGAAGAGCCACGGGCCCCCCCCGGGAUCGCCCUGCCCCCCCGACUCUCAAUGCCAGGACAC